UGUCUACUGUCAAAAUAUCAAACGUCAAAAUUUCAUUCUCAAAAAUUGUAGGUUGUACUUGCAUUGAAUCCAUUUCUAUCAUCUUAACGUUUUUUUGUUUCACAACUGAGCUAUUUUCUAAAAAAGUAGAAAUGGCUGGAAUUGUGAAAAAUGUUCGCGUUCUUGCAAGGAGUUCCGCGUAUCUUAGCUUACUGUCGACAAGGACACUCGUAACAAAUAUAAUUAAAGUCAAACAACCACAAUUAUCUAUUUUACAAAACUCCAAGAUUUCAGUUUUUUCACAGAGACUCGUUUUGCCACAUGAGCGAAGUUACAGUUCUAAGCCACCAAUGACAUUAAAGCUCAUAACAGAGCGGGUUCUAUUAGUUUUAAAACUUUAUGAUAAAAUUACUCCCGAAAAGCUGACAUUGGAAUCACAUUUCAUUAACGAUCUUGGUUUAGACUCCUUGGAUCAUGUUGAAGUUAUAAUGGCAAUAGAGGAUGAAUUCGGUUUUGAAAUUCCUGAUGCCGAUGCUGAAAAAUUACUGAGACCUGCUGAUAUUGUACGAUAUGUUGGAGAUAAAGAAGAUAUUUAUGACUAGAGUAUUCAUUUUCUUCAACAAAUUAAUUCUACUUAGAUUAUGUGUAAGUUGUAAGUGUAAUUGAAUAAAUCUCCUAAAUUGUUAUUGAAUCAUUGAAUUAUGAAUAUGCCAAGAAAAUAGUGAGGAAUGGUAUUGUUUCAUUCAAUAAUUUUCAGUUUUACCCUUUGAUAUACAAGUUAUCAAUACCUAAGACAAAAUAAAUUGAGAAGAAGUUGAAAA